AUGGUAGCCAGGUGGGCGAAGGGGAGCAAGGACGAUACACCUGCUUUGAAGAAGUCGCCAUUUGACCUGCCGAGUGAGUGACCAGGCCUGACCAUGGAACGGAUUAACAUCAGUAUGGCCAGGGCUACCCUGGUGAAGCACACGGCUGGAGCUGGCCUCAAGGCCAGCAGACCCCGAGUCAUGUCCAAGAGUGGGCACAGCAACGUGAGAAUCGACAAAGUGGAUGGCAUAUACUUGCUCUACCUCCAAGACUUGUGGACCACCGUCAUCGACAUGAAGUGGAGAUACAAGCUCACCCUAUUUGCUGCCACGUUCGUGAUGACCUGGUUCCUUUUUGGUGUGAUCUACUAUGCCAUUGCCUUCAUUCAUGGGGACUUAGAACCCAGGGAGCACACUUCAAAUCACACCCCCUGCAUCAUGAAGGUGGACUCCCUCACGGGGGCAUUUCUCUUUUCCCUGGAAUCCCAGACAACCAUCGGCUAUGGAGUCCGUUCCAUCACGGAGGAAUGCCCUCAUGCCAUCUUCCUCUUGGUGGCUCAGCUGGUCAUCACCACCUUGAUUGAGAUCUUCAUCACAGGCACCUUCCUGGCCAAAAUUGCGAGACCCAAAAAGCGGGCAGAGACCAUCAAGUUCAGCCACUGUGCCGUCAUCACCAAGCAGAACGGGAAGCUGUGCUUGGUGAUCCAGGUGGCCAACAUGAGGAAGAGUCUCCUGAUUCAGUGCCAGCUCUCGGGAAAGCUCCUCCAGACCCACGUCACCAAGGAGGGGGAGCGAAUCCUCCUCAACCAGGCCACCGUCAAAUUCCACGUGGACUCCUCUUCCGAGAGCCCCUUCCUCAUCUUGCCCAUGACAUUCUACCACGUGCUGGAUGAGACGAGCCCCCUGAGAGAUCUCACCCCCCAAAACCUUAAGCAGAAGGAGUUUGAGCUGGUGGUUCUCCUGAACGCCACGGUGGAGUCCACCAGCGCUGUCUGCCAGAGCCGCACCUCUUACAUCCCAGAGGAGAUCUACUGGGGUUUUGAGUUUGUGCCUGUGGUUUCUCUCUCAAAAACCGGCAAGUACGUGGCUGAUUUCAGUCAGUUCGAACAGAUCCGGAAGAGCCCAGAUUGCACCUUUUACUGCACGGAUUCUGAGAAGCAGAAACUUGAGGAGAAGUACAGGCAGGAAGAUCAGAGGGAAAGAGAGCUGAGAACGCUUUUGUUGCAACAGAGCAACGUCUGA